AUGGACACCACUCUGCCUCCUCACUCAAAUGCUGGUGACCGUAUAAGCAAAUGGGGCUACUCUUUUACUUGGACGGAUUGCCAUCUCUCUAGAGAGAAGACAGAGUCUCUACGUCAGCAAUUCGACACACUGGGCGCUGCUGCUCUGGAACGGCUUCAGUUCAUACGAUCUUCGUUGCUAGAAGAUAGCAAAGCAAAAGGAAUUAGUCCUCCUUCAAAUGAUCUUUACACCAUCCUCCAAGACUACCAUAGGGAGGAUGAGGUCUUAACCCAACUCUGGAACGAAACCCACACGGUCCCAGACUGGGUUAACUGGGAGCAACUCGAGCGAGGCCAGCGGUUUUUUCACCGUUAUAUAAUUGCCAACAUUGUUGGCUUUGCAUUACAGGGGUUUGUAGCAGAAAAUUCUGCGGCCUCCGGCGUCGUAGAAGUCCUCGCCCGGACUGGCAGUUUCUCGACUCGUAUGUUGCUAAAGAGACUACUCGAGACCUUCCAAUGGUUGAUCCUAGUCACUCAUGACCUCGCUGCCAUCCAACCUGGCGGCGAAGGCCAUGUUGCAACCGUCCGGGUCCGACUUCUCCAUUCAUCCGUCCGACAGCGCAUCUUACAUCUGUGUCGCACAAAACCUCACUACUUCGAUAUUGACCGUUAUGGUGUCCCCGUCAACACAUUAGAUAGCAUUCACUCCAUAAGUACUUUCUGCUGCAAUCCAAUGUGGCUCCAACUGCCUAGGUUUAAAAUCACCCCUUCCGCCGAUGAGGUCGAAGACUACAUGGCCCUGUUUCGAUACCUUGGCUACCUUCUCGGAACACCAACGUCAUACUUCGAGACGGUGGAGAAGGGCAAGCACACAAUGGAGAGUAUGGUCGCCCACGAGCUGCAUACCACCGAGACGUCACGCGUGGUCGCUUAUAACUUUGUCGAAUGCGUGGCGAACCUCCCUGCCCCGUUUCAUGUCUCGAGGAAGUUCAUUGAGGCUGGUAGUCGAUGGAUCAACGGCAACGAGAUCUGCGACGAGCUUGAUCUUGGGAAGCCCGGGUUCUUAUACUACUUAAUGUUUGCCAGUUAUUGUGUUCUUGUUCUAGGGCUUGCUUGGCUGCAACGGAUGAUUCCUAUGCUUGAUGAAUUCAUGAUUAAGGUAGGUCUUACAAGCACGGCACUAUGA